AUGCCAAUAUCGUCUUUAUUCGAUCUUUUGGGUGAACCAGUUAUGGUAACGCUUAUCGAUGGAUCAGAGACGUUGGGCAAUAUUUUUACGAUUGAUCCAUUGAAUUUUACGCUGAUACUUUUUCACUUCGAAAAUCAAGGUUUUAAAAAUUUUGUAGAUAGAAGAUAUAAAAGGAAAUCGUCAAAAAAACAAGUGAUUUCGUGGCUUGGUGAUAAUCAUGUUCCUGUUAGCGAACUAGAUGAUGGUUCAAUUUCUAUUUUGGGCUCUGUCACUGUUAAUCCUCCGUUCUAUCCUGAAGAUUGUAUGUGUGACAAUGUAAUUGUUUUAUCGCGAGUUCGCAAGUUGAUUGAAGAUCUACCUCAGUUAUGA